UAAAAAGUUUGCAUGCCAUGCCGACGGUAAAGGUGUUGCUCUUCCAUAUGCUUAUCCUGUCAAAUGUGUCGUAGAAAAUCGUGAAUUUUCAAAUAUAUCGGCUUUGCAAUUGAGCAUAAUGUCCGACCAAGUUAAACACAUUCUAACUCUAGGUGACUAUGAUAAUUCAAAUUCACCUAAUUCGAAUUCAUUCCAAGAGGGCGCGAUUCUAGAAAUUACUGGUGUGGAUACCAAAGGAAAGAGUAUUCAUUGUAGAGAUGUUUCAACAACGAAAGAGAUAAAGUUCCAUUGCGAUUGCACGGUAAUGUUUUGUCCCUUGAGCGAUUGUAAUCAAUAUACAUUGGCGGAAGUGGUAGAAAAAUUCGAGGUACCGGUCAAAGUAAGGUUUCUACGACAAUUAUCCGAGGCGACUAUAGAUCCUAACUUGUCCAGUUUUGUUUCAAAUUUAAAGGAAGUAAGUAUUGUAGACGUAAUUGAACAGACGGUCGUUGUUAUGACUGCUCUUGGCGAAAACUCGACGGAUGGUUGUUUAGAGAUAACAAAAGAUACACCAGUUUAUGUCAGAGUCGCGCAGGAAUUCUUGGAAAACGAAGUCAUAUAUGUCCGAAUGGUCAAAACCCUAGAUAGGCUGUUUAAGUCGAGCUCUGGAGAUUAUGAGAACGUCGCUAGUGUAACAACACGAUACGAUUACGAUGUGAACAACGAAGACUCGCAAUUUCGAUGCAGGGCGUUUGCGUAUCAACGACCUCCAGCAGCCCGUUAUCAAAAGUUCGAGUCAAGCGGACUUAAGACGAUUUCGAAAGCAAACACGGCUUUAAUACACAGUCUGGAAAACGCACAACCGAUACAAGGUCGGCACAAAAGUUCUGAUGAGGAAUCUGCCUAUUUGGAAACUAAAGAUUUAUGGCCUAUGAUAAAACCUCGAAAAUCGAACAGCGAGAUUAACUAUAACCGGAAUGACAGCGACAAGACGGUUCUACCGGCUCAUGACGAGGAACUUAUCUAUGUAGAAGUGACUGAUCCAAAACCUGAAAAAACACUUCGAAAAUCGAACAGCGAGAUUAACUACACGGGCAGCAACGCCCAAACAGGCUGCAUUCCUAACAGAACUGGCAACAAGAAGACUCGGCCGGUUCCUGCAAAAGGUGUAAGAACACUCCGAAAGUCGGAAAGCGACAUCACUUGCAACCGUACUGGCAAUAACGGACUGAUUCCCAGCCAAACAGAAGAUGGGAAAGCUCUACCAGAUACUUCCAACCCUAAACCACUUUUCGUAAGCAAAGAGAACCUCUUAAAUGAAAUAGAAAAGAGGAAAAUGCAUCGAAAAGAAAACAAAAAUGAUCAAGGUGAAGCCGAUACGCCACGAACAACGAGGAACAUCAUCCCGGAGAAAAAACUACCUAGUAAAGUUUUAAGCACGCCAAAAACUGAUAAAUUGAACGAAUUAGCAUCACUUCAAACAAAAAGGUUGAACAAUGACCAUCAAAACUCGGCCGAUGAAAUAUAUUACGAACCGACAACAGUACGAAAUUCCGAUUCUGUUCUAAGUAUGUCGCCCGACUGUUUUCUAAGUUUGUCGCCAGUGAAAACCAGUACAUUGCCAAAAAACUUAUCCGGAUUAAGCGUUAAUGAUGUCACGAAGAUACUGUGCGUGUUAGAUUUGGAGAGAUAUGCCGGUAUUUUUGAAGAAGAAUUAAUUGAUGGUGCUAUGUUGGAAAGUAUGGAUGAGGAGAUUUUAAAAUCGAUUGGAAUGAAUCCAUUUCAUGUUAAACGAAUGAUAAGAUUUAUUAAUGGAUGGAGACCUAAUAUAUAUUGAACCAGUAGUGGCUGUCACUGGACCGGAGAGGGGGG